AAACGUAAAACGCAUUCAAACUCGGUAGCACAGAGUAAAUCAAAUUUACUGUUUAUAUAUAGUAGAUCAAUAUGACGUUGUGCCUUGUAGGUAGUUUAGAAGAUAUCGGAAGUUAAUAAAUAUGUAGUGUAAUGAAACAACAGGACGCAGGUCUCGAACCCUCGACCUUCUAUCGACUGUGCCGCAAACCGCUCUUGAGAAAACAACAGUUUGCACAUAUAGGUAACCAGAUUGUGACUGCUUCUACGUUACUAAGUGUUUAACCACACUGUGUUGUUACAUUGGUGGGUAAAAACUCAUGCUUCCUACCGAUUAACUUUUUGUCUGAAUAUAAACUCGACAUUUUACUCAACUGCGUUACCCACUCCCGUCAGCAGAUGGCGGUCUGAGACUUUAAACCGAUGCUGCUGGUGUGACGUAUAAUGUAGUGGACGGAACGCUUCUUUCAACAGCAGCAACAGUUCGUCAGACACCUCGGUAGCUUGCUAGACAAAAUAGACGAACCAAUAAAGCUCUUUAGACGCUUUUGAGUAUAUUAGCCACUGUGUUUUAAACCCACUUCUGUCGUCUAGUUAGUUAUCCGAUUUAAUUUCAUAUUUACGAUGUUAUUGGUCUGCUCAUGGCAAUUUAGAUUGCUGCUCAUUCAUUAGCCUAGCUAGCUAACAUCCGUGACCAUGAGUUCACUGAGCUGCUCUCCUCCUGCUAAAGAAGAGGAGGUCUGCUGGACGGAGAAAGAGGAUAUGUGGCUGAACGUUGUCGUAAAAGAGGAGAAAGAAGAGGAGGCUGUUGCCGUGAAAGAAGAAGAGAAAGACGUUUCAGUGAAAGAAGAGGAAAACUCGUUCAGAGUGAAAGAGGAAGAGGAUGUUACAGUAAAAGAAGAGGAGGAAGAGAAAGAGGCGGAUGUGGUUUUUGGAGUGAAAGAGGGGGAGAUGACUGUCACAUCCAGAAAGGCGGAGGAAGAAGAGGAGGAAACUGGAUAUCUGGGCCCGCAUCUUACGGCAUCCAAUGGUAACGAUGAACUUGGCCAUAAAAUGGUUUUGGGAAACCGGUCCCUGAUUAACACUAGAGAGAGACAUGACGACCGUGGAUCCUCUGGGGAGCCUCAACAACAUCAUGAAGCUGACGAGGCAGAGGAGAGUCUCUCCGCAUCAGAACACCUCAAGAAACAGAAGCGGAAACACACAGGGAAGAAACCUCACCGCUGCUCUGACUGUGGGAAGAGAUUCACCUCUUCAGCAGACCUCAAAAGACAUCAGAGAAUCCACACAGGAGAGAAACCUUAUAGCUGUGAUCAAUGUGGGAAGAGAUUUACUGAUCUAAGCAGCCUGAAAAGACACCAGAGAAUUCACACGGGAGAGAAACCUUAUAGAUGCACUGACUGUGGGAAGAGUUUUAAUGUUCCAAGCAGCCUGAAAACGCACCAAAGAAUUCACACGGGAGAGAAACCUUAUAGCUGUGAUCAAUGUGGGAAGAGUUUUGUUUCAUCUAGCCAGCUGACUGUACACCAGAGAACACACACAGGAGAGAAAUGUUAUAGCUGUGAUCAAUGUGGGAAGAGUUUUGUUUCAUCUAGCCAGCUUACUGCACACCAGAAAACACACACAGGAGAGAAAUCGUAUAGCUGUGAUCAAUGUGGGAAGAGAUACUCUGGUAAAAGAUCUCUGAUUAGACAUCAGAAAAUACAUGAAGGAGUUGUUCCAUGAUAUCAAUAAAAUGUCAUAAUGUAGAACCCUAAA